UGUUUUGCUGUCGUUUAACUGUCAAUAUCAGAUAGUGAAAAUUAUCUUUUGUUGACUUGUUACAACUGUAAUAAAGUUUUCACUUGUGAAUGAUAUAUCCAUUUGAAUUCGCCAUUAAAAACUAAAUUUGCAGUUACAUGCAGUUUCGAUUUGAUUGAUAUUAGUGUGCAUCUCCUAUUUUGAUGAUCCACAAUAUUCCUUGAUAUUGUGCUAGGGCACAAUAACAGAAACAUUCACAUAAAAAAAAUAUCUUUAAACUAGAAUGGCUCAGCCGACGUCUUACAGAAGAGAUUUUAGAAGGCAGCCUACCAGUAACUUCACAUAUGUGAGCCCUUGUGUGAAGUAUCUAAUUUUUGUUCUCAAUUUUGUGUUUUGGUUAUUUGGAGGUCUGCUUAUCGGCAUAGGUCUAUACGCUUUUGUAGACAAAUGGCAGUUGACAGGUUGGGUAAAGCUCGAGAAUGUUUAUGAUGUGAUAUUGAAUAUAUCAUUGGUUAUGGUUAUUAUGGGAGGAGUUGUUUUUAUUGUAAGUUUUGCCGGUUGCGUCGGAGCGCUCAGAGAGAAUACGUGUUUGCUCAAAUUCUACUCAUUAUGUCUCUUAAUAUUCUUUCUAUUGGAAAUGGGAAUAGCAAUCGUAGGAUUUGUAUUUCCUCACUCGAUGCAAUCAAUUCUAGAAGAGAAUUUUACUGAUAAAAUUAUACACACCUACCGUGACGAUCCUGAUCUUCAAAAUUUGAUUGAUUUUGCUCAACAAGAGUUUCAGUGUUGCGGACUCAGCUCAGAGGGAUAUAUGGAUUGGGGUAAAAAUGAAUACUUCAAUUGCAGCUCACCUAGCGUUGAACGAUGUGGGGUACCAUUUUCUUGUUGUACAAAUGAUUUGAAUCAAAGACUCAUCAAUAUUAUGUGCGGAUAUGGAGUUCAAACUCUUUCGGUGGCCGAAGCGGGCAAAAAAGUGUGGACGUCGGGAUGCAUAGAGAUAGUCCGAUCCUGGGCGGAGAGGAAUCUGUAUACGAUCGCUGGCAUAGCCCUAGGAGUAGCCCUGUCGCAACUCUUUGUAAUAUAUUUGGCCAAAACGCUAGAAGGUCAAAUUGACCUGCAAAAAUCCAGUUUCUAUAUGUAUAUGUACAUGAGUGGAAAUUGAAGAAGCAAUAC